GGAGAUGCAGUGUGCCAGGAUUUGACAAAACGGUCGCUACAUCAAGGAAAGGCGUUUAUACUUUUCAGUUGGUUUCAUUUGAACUGUUUUGUGAAAAAGUUAUGGCAAGUAUAGGACUCGCCGUUAACGUCCCGAACACAGAGGAGAGGGCUGUUUUUACACAAUUAAAGCCCGUGAGGAUGUCCGGUGGGGACGGCGCAGAGGAUUCGUCCGUGUUUGAGGAAGUCAAACCUGCGGUGAGAAUUGCACCGAACCCUUUGGAGAUGUCCCAGACCCGGUUAGAGAUGGAGAAGUACCUUCCCCAGGCCAGCCCCCUGCCUUCCCCUUCUAUGACGGAUAAGAAGUACCGACGGGAGAGCGCCUCGGUGGUGGACGAGUAUUUCGCGGAGGAGAAGCCCACCCCUUACAGCGUCAACAUCAACCUGAUCCUUCCCAACACCACACACCUGCGCACAGGCCUCUACCGCCCUGCCAAACCCCUGCUCCAGCAGAUCAAAACCGAGCCCGGGGGCGACGUGCCCUGCUCCAUCCAGACCCUCCCCGAUUUCACCUCCGUCUUCAGCGUGCCGCAGACCGUCAACAGCCUCUUCAUCAAGCCCGACAUGACCUCUGACGACCUCCACAUCGGCCCCCAGCAGCCUCAGGUCUACCAGCUGCCCAUCAGCAGCAGUGACCUCACAAUGCCCCUGUCCAGCAGCCAAUCGGGAAGCAGCAGCAGCACCAGCAGCAACAACAGCAGAACCAUGCAUAACCUCAGCAGCGUUACUAUGACGACCAGCACGGGCGGCUUCGUCAUGCCCGAGCAGUUCUACCCAUCUCCCCAGCCCCACAGCCUGCCCCCGUCUCCGCCCAACUCUCAGCCAGGGAGUCCUGAGAACCAGGCGGAACUCAUCAACACCAUCCCCCCUCCGCCCCCGUACCAGCCCAGGCUGGGACUCAAGCUGACUCAGAUGCACCCUCAGUCUCUCCUGAUGGGCCACGGCCAGGGCAUUCUCACCGGGCCCAGGUACAACCGACGGAACAACCCGGAGCUGGAGAAGAGGCGGAUCCACCACUGCGACUUCCAAGGGUGCACCAAGGUUUACACAAAGAGCUCUCAUUUGAAAGCACACCAAAGAACGCACACAGGAGAGAAGCCCUACCGCUGUAACUGGGAAGGCUGUGACUGGCGCUUUGCCCGCUCAGACGAGCUCACCCGGCACUUCCGCAAGCACACCGGCGCCAAGCCCUUCAAAUGCGUGGCCUGCAGCCGCUGCUUCUCCCGCUCCGACCACCUGGCACUGCACAUGAAGCGCCACCAGAACUAGGGGGCGCCAUCGUUCCCCAGAUCCCCCCACCUACCCCCCACCAUACAAGGGGCUGACUGGCACCCCCUGUUUAAAAUCAGUUUUAUAAUUGUUUUUAUUAUUAUUAUUAAUAUUAUUAUUUCUUCACAAAGAUCAAAAUGUCUGUAUCCAAACAUGCUGCCAACACAUCAACACCACUAAAAGGGAUCGAUUUCUCCAAAGGGAAAAUGGACACAUUCCUCAGUAUAAUAUAUAUAAAGCUGUACAUGUGUGUGUACAUAUGUUUGUCUGUCUAUGUGUGGUUCUGAACGUGUAAAGAAUGUAUUGAAACUUAUACUUGACUGCAUUUUUUUUACAUAUGCUGUAAAAAAAAAAUUUAUUCAAAUCACAAACUUUUUUUAAAGGAUGAUUAUUCAAUAUUGCGUGUGAGUCUAUGUGAAUCUCCCGUCUGAAAUGACCGACUGCAGAGGCUGUUUUGAUCUGGAACCACGCCCUUCCUCCCAGAUUAAUCUGAGGGCAAUAUAUGCUCAAACUGGAACAUGUCACUGAAUGUGUGAUGUAACCUGUCUCAUAUGCAAGUAAGCCUUCUUCACCAGCAGGCAUGCAACAUGCCUGCUCCAAUCAAUCAUUUGUGGGAUUUUGUUUGCUGGAGACCAAGUCAUCUCAUUUGUCUGAUGGCAAAACACAUAUAAUUAAACGUUAAUUAAAAAUCAAAUUACAGUCAUUUGGUUUCUCAUCAACAAAUUGUAAUAGUUAAAAGCAAAAAAAAAACCUAACAUUCAGUCAUGUUCAUCAGUGAUGAAAGUUCCAUCUUUGGUAAUUUAUUCUGGAUUUUGUUGUAGAAGGAAUGGCUCAGUUCAGGCGGUGAAAGCGUUGAGGUGUAGCAUGAACAAUGAACAUUUUAUCCCAUAGUUGAAACACAGCCAUAUGUAGUGACUUUUACAUAGAAUCACUUUAUUCACAAUUUUGAUGCUGUCUCUAUGAGUAAUUUGGAGUACUUUUGUUAAUGUAGCGCUAAACAUUUAUAUAGCAUUUAUCAACUGUACCAUCAACCACUU